AGAUUUUGUUUUGACUGGUUCUGUCAACGAAUGAGUUUUAUGAGAAUGUUUUUGCUUUAAUUCCUCAUUGCACUCUAUUAGUAUGAAAAAAUUGUAUAUUUGUUAUUGUUUUAACGUCAUUUUAAACAGUACAAAACAAAGCGUGAAGUUGAGUGAGUUUUGACCCGUUAGAUCGCGAGAAAAGUGAUGUUCGGUGAAAAGAAAAAUUCCAAUUACUUCUGGUGACUAACAGUAAUUGCUGAUUUAUUGUGGUGUUCAUCAAUUGAAUAAUAGCAUUAGGCUCGGGAAAUGUGAUAUUGAUUGCCAGUGCAUCACCAAGAGACUUUAAAAUAUCUAUCUAAUGUAAGCAAGUAAUAAUCGCGGACUUAUUAAAAAUGUUUUUCCUAGUAGUAGCGUUACUGAGCAUUCAGCAGAUCUAUGUCAGUGAAGCUGAGAUAUAUGCCUUUAAAAACAAUUCAGAGUUCUUCUACGAAGAAUUUGUUGAUGCUCCUUCAUCGUUCGGGGCAGAUCUCUCGGAUGGUCCUGUUCGCGGGGCGAUCGUGAAUGCGAUCCCUUCGCAUGCUUGUAACGAAAGCUUAAAACCAGCACCGUCUGGCAAACGCAGCUGGAGAGCGGACAUACUGUUGGUACCAAGAUAUACAUCAGAAGCAAAUUGUACUUUCGAACGAAAAGUGCGAAUGGCCCAACUGAAAGGCUACAAUGCGAUUAUCGUCUAUAAUGUGGGUUCCAAUGAAUUGGUACCCAUGUCAGCUAAGAACUCAACUGGAAUUACAAUACCAUCAGUGUUUGUCAGUCAGUCGUCGGGAGUCAUGUUGACCGGUUAUGCUAAUUGGGACUAUAUUGUGGUCAUCACUGCUGACACCCCGUUUAACAUCCAGACGCAUCUUUUGAUUCCGUUUGCAAUUGUUGUAGGCAUAUGUAUGGUGGUUAUGAUAGUGUUUAUGAUUGUCAAAUAUAUAAAAGAUCGGAGACGACAGAGGCGAUACCGGCUACCCAAAUCCCAGCUGAACAAAAUACCGACUUGUAAAUUUCAAAAAGGCGACAGAUACGAAACAUGUGCGAUAUGUUUAGAGGACUAUAUUGAAGGGGAGAAACUGAGAGUUUUGCCCUGUAAUCAUGUAUAUCAUAUGAAGUGCAUCGAUCCCUGGCUGACGAAAAAUAAGCGAGUGUGUCCGAUUUGCAAGCGAAAAGUAUUUGCCCAUGAUGAACCGCAUCAGGAGUCGGACAGCGACAGUGAUUCAGAGGAUACGACCCCUUUAAUCAGAUCUGGCCCUAGGGUGACUCAGGGUGGAACUUUCGAGAUUCAGAAUGAGAAUCCUUUCAGUAGGGCCGCGAGAUCAAUUUCACAGGUUUUGGAGGGUCGCAGUGUUGUUACGGCGUCGGAUCAUCAUAGCAUUAAUACGGAAAGGCACGACUGGCAAAGUGUUGCUAGCUCUGAUUCUAGUGACACAGUGAGUACUAGCGACUACAGUAGUUGUAGUAAUGUGUUCCCUAUCGUAGAUUGUUUGAUUCACAAUUCGGAUCGGCAUGAUGAAGAUAACGCUGAACAUCAUCAUGGAAAUCCUUUCGAACAUGACGAUAACGAAACUAAACCUGAAGUAGACGUGAUUGAAAACCAGUCUAAUUGCUCCGUUGAAGACUUGCCACACUCAAAUUACGAGUGCGACGAUAAUAUUGUGUAAUUACGUUCUAAGGACUUGGUUCACAUCUAGUCGAACAAAACAGAAAUGGAAACUUAAGUAAUAUUUGAGUUGUUGGGGAAUUGCGCAUUAUAUAAACAAUAGCCUCCCCAGUGGAACAACUAUUACUGGAAUUCCAAUAUAAAAGAAAUGAAGGUGCUAGUAACUACGGAUAAGAUUAUGACUAGUUGUAGGCUUAUUGAUAUGAAAUUACUAAUGUUUUAAUAAAUGUGAUUGAAUAGACGUUAAAUUACAGGACUAAGUAAAUAUGUAUUUUUAAAAGGAACAAAAAGGUCACCGCUCACUGGAGUAGCAAAAGUGUGAUAAACUUCCGCAGAAUAAAUUCAUUUCCAUGAUUGCACUACGAAAUUACAAGUUUCAACCAUUAAUAAACUGAACUUUUCAAAACUGUUCACUAUUGUGCCAAUUUCAAAUUGAAAAUUUGCAGCUUUUUGUUCUGGCUUGUAAAUAAAACCUGCUUAGUAUUUUG